AUGUUGCUCCAAUUCUCACCAACGAAACCCCUCUUUUCUCCACCCAAUCUCCGCCGGAAUUCACCCGCAUUCCUCGUUUCUCCGCCGAGAUCCCUCCGCAUUCGAGCCAUCGACGCCGCCCAGAUCUUCGACUACGAGACCCAGCUCAAAUCCGAGUACCGUAGAUCCUCUGCCCUCAAAAUCGCCGUCUUGGGUUUCGGCAAUUUCGGUCAAUUCCUCUCAAAAACCCUAAUUCGACACGGCCACGACCUAAUCACCCACUCCCGCUCCGAUUACUCCGACGCCGCCAGCUCGAUCGGCGCUCGAUUCUUCCAUAACCCUCACGAUCUGUGCGAACAGCAUCCCGACGUCGUACUCCUCUGUACCUCAAUCCUCUCCACAGAAGCCGUCCUCAGAUCGUUCCCAUUCCAACGGCUCCGUCGCAGCACGCUCUUCGUCGAUGUUCUCUCCGUCAAGGAAUUCCCGAGGACCCUCUUCCUCAAGUACCUCCCAAAGGAAUUCGACAUCCUCUGCACUCACCCGAUGUUCGGACCCGAGAGCGGGAAGACUUCCUGGUCCGGCUUGCCCUUUGUCUACGACAAGGUGAGAAUCGGAGACGAAGCUUGUAGAAACGAGAGGUGUGACAAGUUUCUGAGGGUUUUCGAGAACGAAGGCUGUAGGAUGGUGGAGAUGAGCUGCGAGGAGCACGAUAAGCACGCCGCUGGGUCGCAGUUCGUGACGCACACGAUGGGAAGGGUGUUGGAGAAAUUCGGGGUCGAAUCUUCGCCGAUCAACACCAAAGGGUACGAGACGUUGCUGGAUUUGGUGGAGAACACAUCCAGUGAUAGCUUCGAGCUCUACUACGGCCUCUUCAUGUAUAACCAGAAUGCUCUUGAACAGCUAGAGAGACUGGACAUGGCCUUUGAAUCCAUCAAGAAGGAGCUGUUUGGGAGAUUGCAUCAGGUUUACAGGAAGCAAAUGUUUGGUGAGGCGGCUCACUCCGCUAAGAAAACAGAGCAGAAAAUGCUCAACGAUGGUGGUGCUGUUCCGACCAAAGAGAGACCACCAUCAUCUUAA